AUGUCGAAGAACACAAGCAGCAAGGGUAAGGCAAAGCCCGGGUCGAAGCCGCUGGGCGCACCGCGCAGUCGCAACACCACGCCCCUGCCCAACGUCCGCACUUCGGUCGAGCCAUCGUCGUCGAACGCCUACUUCAGGACAAAUAUCAAUGCUCUCUCCAAGAAAUGCGAUGUCACCAUCGAAGAUAUCCUAGAUCGUCCGGGCGGCAGCUCUCAGUCGGCGCAGCCGGUGCCCUCGAGCGCGCUGUUGAUUAGCAUGCGUGAGGCCAUCGAAAGCAAAGUCCUCGGAAACGUCCAGAAGCGAUGCGAUGUCUCCAAUAGCGCGCUCCGGGAACUCCAAGGGUUGAAAAAGAACCGACCUCCCCACGAUCGAGAGAAGGAAAGACCAGCCGACAAAGAGGCCGAAGAGCGCAAGCACAAGUUGAAGAAGAUCAAGAGGGCGGCUGCCGAAGACGAGCGACCGCUGGCAGUAGGUGCCCACGGCGUCGCGCGGCAGGACGGGGUUGAUGUUCACAAAGCACCAUCCGCUGCGGGUAAUGGCGCGGUUGAUGCGCCUUCACCCACCGAUACCGAUGCCUCGCACCAGCCACCACCAGCUCCGGCGAUACCGCAGUUUCAAACUUUUGGUCCUGAUCCGUCCAAGUUUGAUGACCCCACUGUAUACCACAUUCGAGACGUGACACCCGGCAUGAGUGUCGAGGAGCGCAGGGAGAUAUACUGCGUCGCCGAUUAUCCCGAGAGCGACUUGAAAGACCAGACCGCUGGAAUACCGCCGGACAAGGACUUCUCCAAUGCGAAGCCCGCCACGCAAGUCAACGCCAGCGUCUUUGCAAAUUAUGUGGAGCCGUACAUACGGCGCUUGACUGAGGAGGACAUGGCCUUUCUCAAAGAGCGGGGUGAUCGCCUGAGUCCUUUCGUGCUCCCUCGGAGGGGCGCGAGACACUACAAGGACAUUUGGGCGGAGGAAGACGGACAACUGUAUGCCGACCACAACGAUCGCCUCCCACCAAAUGAAGCACGCGGCUCCUACGAGAACAUGACGGACGAUUUCUUGAUGACAGAGGAUAUAUCGGCAGGACCCUUGCUGACCCGAAUUCUCGCCCUACUCCGUCCCGAGGGUCGAGGUACCACGGCCAAUUCCAACGACACUAACGGUAUCAACGGCGAUGCUAUGGAUAUCGACGAAGGCGCUGGAGCACCGACUGAGAGCAACAACGACAACUCUCUUCCCGCCGCAACACAACUUUCCGAACUUGUUCAACAGGGUUGGAAAGGGCCUCCCGUAGGCACGCGGACAGACUAUGCUACGCUUAACGAGCGUGUCCUGUUGGAAACUAAGCACAAUGGAAUCAUCACCGAUGCCGACACCGAAUUGACAGCCUUUGACUACGACUCCCAUUUUGACGACGAAAUUGCUGCUCGUCUUCGUGUCCUCCAGGACGAACUGCGCAAACAGUCCAUUGUCAAUGGCGCACGAAAACAGCGGCUGCUCGAACUCACAGGUAUCCGCGUGGCACAGCAAGAAUACAACGAUAUUGCAGACGAUCUUGAUGCCCAGUUGAACCAAGCAUACCUAAAGCGCAACCGCAAUAUCGGCAAGGGCAAGAAGCAGACAAAGCGACCUGGCGGUGCUGGUGGCGGAUCGCAUCCAGUGCCUAAUGCUGGGGUUACCAGGCCUGGAGUCGGCGAGCCGAUUCGCACACUAAUGGAGAGGAGAGGGCAGUGGAGUGCGACAGUGGGUCCGGUCGUAAAUUAUGGCAAGACAGGGUUGCCGGAGGACACCAUCUUCCCUGAGGAUAAGAUGAAGGAGUUGGAAAACAAGGAAGUGGAGAUAUGGGACAAUGAGGCCGAUGAGUAG